UAAUGUGUCAGUGUGUGUAAUAAAUCUCAGCUGCAGUGAUGAAACACAUCUGAAACUGUAGUAACCACACUGGAGUGCUGGAACUGAACUAACUUCACCUGUGGAGAACCACAUACACUGACUAGACAUAACAUUAUGACCACCUGCCUUAUAUUGUGUUGGUUCCCCUUUUGCUGCCAAAACAGCCCUGACCCGUCAUGCACUGUGUAUUCUGACACCUUUCUAUCAGAACCAGCACUAACUUUUGCAGCAAUUUGAGCAACAGUAGCUUGUCUGUUGGAUCGGAUUACAUGGGUCAGCCUUCGCUCCUCACGUGCAUUAAUGAGCUUUGGCCGCCCAGGAUCCUGUCCCGGGUUCACCACUGUUCCUUCCUUGGACCACUUUUGAUAGAUACUGACCACUGCAGACCGGGAACACCCCACAAGAGCUGCAGUUUUGGAGAUGCUCUGAUCCAGUCAUCUAGCCAUCACAAUUUGGCCCUCGUCAAACUCAAAUCGUUACGCUUGUCCAUUUUUCCUGCUUCUAACACAUCAACUUUGAGAACAAAAUGUUCAAUUGGUGCCUAAUAUAUUCCACCCACUAACAGGUGCCAUGAUGAGGAGAUAAUCAGUGUUAUUCAUGUCGCCUUUCAGUGCUCAUAAUGUUAUGCCUGGUUGGUGUCUGCAGUGGACAGGAUUCAGUACUGAUACACGAUUCUCCAAGGAUUAGAACAUUAGAGAGGAGAAUUCACUUGCUGAUGCUGAGGUACUCCACAUGGAGUUUGGAGAUCCAUGGGUCUGCUAUGGACAGAACCACUGAGAGACCAUGGUGGUGAUUUUAGACUGCAGUUGAUAUAAUCGGUUUCUCUAUCAGUGAACAGCUUAAUCGAGACACACUUCAUGUUAGAACUAUAGAGCCAAGCUCCUGCUCACACAACUGCACUUUCUGUUCAUACAAUCCACAGUAACAGAAAAGUGAUGAUUUAUAAUCAGACUCUUUGCCUUCCUCAGUAGGAGACAGGGGUCCAAAACUUAUUUAUAUCCAGAAUUUAUGUAUGUAUUUCCAUAAAGCUGUCUUGUGAACAUUGUUCGAAGCGCUGAAACACAUCAAGUUGAACUAAAUAAAGAAAUCUGACAGAGACAUGGAGCAAUGAUUGUGUUCAAACUGAAUAAAAAUUAUGUGUGAACAUGUAUUAAUAUGGUGGUCGGACCAAAUAACAUGAAUGAGAGAGGACAGAGAGACAGAGAGUCAGACAGACAGGCAGAGAGACAGAUAGAGAGAAAGAGAAAUAUCUAAGAACAGAUCAUGAUGGAACAGUACCUCGCCCCAAAAAAAUCCACCUUCCACUUCGAAACACACACACACACGCACACACAUACUCUUACUUUCGCAUUUCCGAGCUUACUAACUGUUGGUCUCCACAACAGCAGCUGCUAGAUCGAAAGCCUUCUUCACCUUCACAUGCUGGUAUCAGCCCUGACCUCAGACACACAAGGCGUGUGUGUGUGUGUGUGAGAGAGAGUGAGAGAGGGAGAGAGAGAGAGAGAGAGAGAGAGAGAGAGAGAGAGCAUUGUAAUGAUAACUCGAUGUGGGGUCAGUGUAUUUACGUCACGUUGGAGGGGGACAGACGCUAACCUUAGACAUGCUCUAUCUGUCUCUCUGCCUGUCUCUCUGCCUGUAUGCCUCUGCUCGUCUCUCUAUCUCUGGGGAAACCCUUUCAGUGAGUUAAACUAUGGUAGGUAGGAAAUAGUUCCUAAGUGUUCCUCGUUUCCCGGGCGAAGGUUUAUGGGGGGCGGAACCUGCAGGAGUCAAAGGUCACAGCACUGUGUUAUUGUUCCUCACCAUCACAACGGAGGAAGAGGCCCGUAAACACUGAUUAAGUAAUUAAAUACUCUGACAUACAACGUCAUCAGUGUGGGUGACUGAGAGACUGAACGAGAAUACAAAAGGCCCCUAUACACACACACACACACACCUUGGUGAUGCCUGUGAAGAUGUUACAGUCUGUGAUGAAUGAAGAUUUUUUGUGAAAUGAGAAAUGAUGGUUCGGGUUAAAUGAGGAGUGAGUCAGAUGAAAAUAGGAGUGAGGGAUGGACUGGUCUGCAAACUGAAAGAUAGAUAAACGAAUAUUGUUGUAACGUUGUCUGUCGUCUCGAUGGUAACAGGAUGGAAUGUGUGACAUCACAACGCUGGGGUUUAAAAUGGCCGCUGCAGUGUGGGCUCUCAGAACAGAUGAGUCCUGCACAGGACAGAACACAGCACCCCGCUACAACAAACAAAAUCAUAUAGUUACAACGAAGACACACCGCUGAAACUCUGGAUAUCAAACGACCAAGUGGCUCUCUGUUUGAGAAAUUUUACUGACGGUUACUUUUCAGUUAUUUAUUUUUGCCAAAUUUAAUCAUCCAAGAUGGCUUCUUCAUCUUCCUGCCUGUUUGCCCUUAUCCUCUCAAUCAGCAUGGUGACAGGAGUAAUGAACCUACCAUCGUCACGGAGACCUGAUUCUCAGAUUCUACAGGAUCUGUUCGGAUCAGAAAUCACUUCCCUCCUAUUGUCCCAGCCCGAGGUCACAGAAGGCUCAGCUCAAAGCCCCGCCCCCUCUGUGAGUGAUGGGCGUGGUCCAUCAGGACAUUUUGUGAUGGAAGAACCUCACCGUCUUGUGCCCCGCCCCUUCCUAGACCUGCUGAUGAGGCAGAGGAAGUUCCGGGUGCGGAGCAGGAAGGGUUCUGCACGCGGCUGCUUCGGGAUUAAAGUGGACCGUAUCGGAGCACUCAGCGGACUGGGCUGCUGACAAUAGGGUUAAAACGACUGAUCCACCACCUUCCACAGUGGCCACUGUGCUAUGGACUAGCUGAUCAGUAGUUAGUGAGUUAGGUUGUGUAAUUAGGGAACGAGGCUGAACACUGAUCCUGCAUCAGACAUUUAGUGAGAACAAAACCGUAACUGAACCGAGACACUGACCCGUGAUCAGUGAACCUGACCGGCCCUGACCUUUUCUCCAGGGCUGUGUUUGUGUGUGUGUGUGUGUUACCUUUUCAAACGAAGACCAAAUGUCUGAUUUGAUAGGAAUAAAUUACAAGCUUUAACUUGUGGGGACAAUUUAAACAACCUCCACAAAAAAGUGCUUUAUUUUAGAAAAUGAUGAGCCGAAAGAUUUCCUUUUGGGCACUGAGGUUAGAAAUAUCAAUCAGUGAAAGUCCUUACAAAGAUUAAAUCUGUGUGUGUUUGUGUAAAGCAGAGAUGAGGAUCAUCUGUGAUGAUGAUGCUGAUGAUGUAACUCAAUUUAGUGUAAAAGUGAAGACGAGUUAAAAUCCGCACUCUGUCACUGGUGGGUGCCAUUAUUUAUGAUCUAUCUAUCCUGAUGAAUUUUACUACAGAGCAUAAUGUAGAAUAAUUAUUUGCACUCCUGAUAUCCCAUAAUGCACUGCAACGGGCACUGCGGUUCACUGCGAAAUGGGACACAUCCUUAGCAGCCACUGAAGUGAUGACAUGAGUCGAAUUUAAUAAAUAUAAACUAUAGAAAUAUAUAAAUUACCAAUAAGCAUUGCAUUUAAUAAGAUUAAACUGAUGCUACAGAUUUGAUCUUUUACCUUCAUAACCUGCUGUUUUUGUGUGGACAUUUAAAAGGCUUAUUUUUGAAUUAAGAAAUAAAAACUCUUCUAUAAUAAUGAAAUCUUCCUGCUUCAUGUACAUUCAUUUGUAAUUUGAUAUGCUAAUGUAUACCAGUAUGCAAAUGAAUUGAUUGUCACCUAGCAACUUGUACUUUAGCUGCUUUAGUUUGAAAAGAGUAAACACGAGGAGAAGUAAUUAUCCUUUAUUUGUCACAUACACAUUACUGCACAGUGAAAUUCUUACUUCACAUAUCCUAUCCACAUUAGAGGGUUGGGGUCAGAGCGCAUGAUACAGUGCCCCUGGAACAGGGGGUGGGGAUAGGGGCCUUGCUCAAGGGCCCAAUGGUGGCAGCUUGGCGGUGCUGGGGCCCGAACCCCGAUCCUUGAUCAACAACCCAGAGCCUACUUGAUCUACCACCACUCUAGAA